GCUCUGUAUAAAAUGUUUCUCCGUCACCCCCACCGCUCUAUCCACGCUUCUCUGCGCUCAACUGAUCUCAAGACAAAUAACCCCAUAGUGAGAUAAUGGAGAUGAGUGAGGCAGUCGGCUUAGCGGAAGCCAAAAACCCGCCUGCUGCAGAUGCCAACGGUGGCCGCUACACCAAGGAUGGGAGUGUCGACAUCAAGGGCAGACCCAUUCUCCGAUCAAAAACUGGUGGAUGGAAGGCUUGCUCCUUCAUCGUCGGGUAUGAGGUGUUUGAGAGAUUGGCUUACUAUGGGAUCUCAACAAAUCUUAUACUCUAUCUCACUACACAGCUUCACCAAGGCACUGUUACUGCUUCAAAUAAUGUCACCAAUUGGGUGGGCACCGUUUGGAUGACCCCAAUCUUGGGAGCUUAUAUCGCAGACGCACACCUCGGACGCUUUUGGACAUUCGUCAUCUCAUCCAUCAUCUACCUCAUGGGGCUGGUGUUAUUAACACUAGCUGUUUCAGUCCCAAAACUGAAGCCAUCUCCUUGCCACGACCAAGAGGGCGAGUGCCGCGCCAGUUCGUUGCAGGUUGGUGUCUUCUUCCUUGCCCUCUAUAUAGUUGCACUGGGCACCGGAGGCACCAAGCCCAACAUCUCGACCAUGGGCGCAGACCAGUUCGACGAAUUUGAGCCAAGGGAGCGCAAGCAAAAGCUCUCCUUCUUCAACUGGUGGAUGUUCAGCAUCUUCUUUGGGACCCUUUUUGCCAACACAUUUUUAGUUUACAUCCAAGACAAUGUUGGAUGGAGCCUAGGCUAUGGGAUACCCACGCUCGGGCUGACCAUCUCAAUUCUGGUGUUCCUGGUAGGCAGUCCAUUUUACAGGCACAAAAGGCCAACGGAUAGCCCCUUUGCUAAGAUGGGUAGGGUUCUGGUUGCUGCCACUAGGAAAUGGAAGGCCCCUUUGCCAAGUGAUCCUAAAGAGCUUCAUGAGUUGCACGAAGAAGAGUAUGUCAAAAUUGGGAUGUCUCCAAUGGAAUCAACCUCAAGCCUUAAGUCUCUUAGCAAGGCAGCCGUAAGGGUCGGCCCAGCCACCAGGUGGAGUCUCUGCACAGUCACCCAAAUUGAGGAGACGAAGCAGAUGAUAAAGAUGAUCCCCAUCUUCCUUGCCUCCUUCAUCCCCAACACCAUCAUCGCCCAAAGCCACACGCUCUUCAUCAAGCAAGGCACCACUCUAGACAGAAGCAUGGGACCCCACUUCAAAAUCCCUCCGGCUAGCCUCGUCGCCUUCAUCACCAUCUUCAUGCUCAUCAGCCUCGUCAUCUAUGACCGAUGGUUCGUCCCCUUCGCCAGGAAAUACACCAAAAACAAGAGGGGGAUCACCAUGUUGCAGAGGCUCGGUGCCGGACUGUUCAUGCACAUAAUCAUAAUGCUCAUCUCCAGUCUCGUUGAGAAGAAGAGGCUCAGCUACGUGAGGCACCAUGGUCUCCAGAACAGCAAGGAUCCGCUUCCCCUGUCCAUCUUCAUCCUGCUCCCCCAGUUUGCCUUGAUCGGAAUAUCUGACACCUUCGUGGAAGUCGCCAAGAUUGAGUUCUUCUACGAUCAAGCGCCGGAAUCGAUGAAGAGCUUGGGCACUUCCUAUUUUACGAGCACGCUUGGAGUUGGCAACUUCUUCAGCAGCUUCCUCCUCAAGACUGUGUCCAAGGUGACCAGACAUGGCGGGAGAGGGGGUUGGAUCAGGAACAACCUCAAUGUUUCCCGAUUGGACAAAUACUUUGGGUUGUUGGCCGUGGUUAGUGCACUCAACUUCAUUUACUUUCUCGUGGCCUCGAAGUACUACGUGUACCGGGUCGAACCAAGUGGCCUCGAUGUGGAGUUGCAGAGGUCAGGUGAGUUGAAGACCAACAAGACGUACGCUGAGGAGGGCCCAGUAAUAGAUGUGAAGUUGUGAAGGUUUGAAGGUGUUAUCUACAAAACUAAAGUCACAAAUUUCUUAUGUAACAUUAAUGUAUCAAUUAUAUUUCUAUCUAGACAUUGCGAAAAUAUAAAGAUGGAUAUAUAUGAGAGAAAUGACA